AUGUUGCUGCCAUCCGCAUUCUCGUGCGACGGUGGUGGCCUGCAUCCUCAAUCGAGGCCAUCUCGACCCAAGCUUCCAUCUUUCGGCGCAUAUCAAUCAGCAUUGUCCAUCAACACGCAGCCACAUCCGCUCUCGUCGAGUUGUCGCGCGCUUCAAGCAAUCCUGGGCGCGCCCGGCGCAAACCAGUCUACGGCACCAAAACCGCCUCGAAUGCUAUCCAAUCCUUUUGCGCCAUCAGAAGAGCGCGUGUUAUCAGCAAAGGUGGAACCGCGACCACAAAGGGGCGCAAACAAGAGAAGGCGAAGCGAAUUUGAGGAUGUGGGCUCAGACGUCGUCAUGGAAGACUGCCAGCGCACACCAGAACCCGUCCGGACGCCAAAAAGGCGGCGGAGGAUACCUUUGUCAAUGCCGCUUGGCUUGUCAGCCGAUGAUUUUCGCGCACUAGAAAGCCCUGUCGAGGAGGUGGAACUCGACAUGCCAACCACCAGUUCCCCCACGCGUCACUCGGACGAGGAUUCGGCGUACGGGUCGUCUCCUUCACCAGAUGACGGGAUGUGGACCGAUGCCGAUGACCGUGUGUUGGUUGAGACGGUUCUCGAGAAGCUCAAGCUAUCGAAGCGCGAUUGGAACGACUGUGCGAAAAUACUGGGUAAGGACAGUGACAGUCUUGAAAGACGUUGGUCUUUGCUGGUGGGUGAGGGCAAUGUUGGAUUGAGAAGAGGUGGAAGAAUCUCGAGGACAAAUUUGGACAUGUCGAGUUGGUGA